AACGUCAGCUGCUGUUUGGUAAACACAACUCUGGACGCUGUUCCUUGUGGCACCUUUUGGCACUUUGUGGCACCAUGUGACACCUUGUGGCACCUUUCUCAAGUUUUUAUCAAGCUCAUCAUCCAGGAGUGUGUAAUUGGUGUUGUACACGGUACAAACAUGUGCAAUCCUCAACCUACUGUACUUUAAAUCUGCAGUCCUUGACAGUACUGUACAGUAUCAUCCUGCAAUUAUGCAGAUACAGCGACCAUAAGAAACAGAAGAAACACUCACAGGUUACAUACACUAUAAAGAUCAAGGACCGUGUAGGCCUGUGGCGGUUGCUUUUUCUCCAGUCAGACAAGAGGAAAAUUAAAUACAAGCAUGCUGUGGGAAGACAGAGAUGUUCGCUUCGAUAUUACUCCACAACAGAUGAAAAUGAGGUCUGGUGAGCGAAUUAUUGACAAACUGGAAUCUGUUGAAGACACCAAAGGAAACUCGGGAGACCGUGGACGAUUCAUCAUUACAAACCUGCGGCUGCUUUGGUACUCCAUGAACAUGCCUCGGGUGUCACUCUCUGUUGGUUUGAACUGCAUAAUAAAUAUUACAACAAAGACAGUCAAUUCAAAACUGAGAGGACUAACAGAGGCUCUGUAUAUUCUUACAAAAGCGAACAACACAAGAUUUGAGUUUAUCUUUACAAAUCUUGUCCCGGGUUCCCCGAGGCUCUUCACAUCAGUUAUGGGAGUUUAUAAGGCUUACACUUCCUCUAAGAUGUAUCGCGAGUUGAAACUACGUGGCGCUAUCAUCCAGAAUAAACAGCUGAGGAUCUUGCCACAAGAACAAAUAUUUUCUCGUGUGAAUGGCGUCUGGAACUUAUCUAGUGACCAGGGCAACUUAGGGACUUUCAUCAUCACGAAUGUGCGGCUUGUAUGGUUCGCCAAUAUGAACGAAUUAUUCAAUAUAUCACUCCCAUUUCUGCAAAUCGCAUCUGUAAAAGUGCGGGAAUCUAAGUUUGGAAUGGCAUUAGUAAUUGAGAGCUCAGAACCAAGUGGAGGAUAUGUGUUGGGGUUCAGAAUUGAUCCCCUGGAGAAGCUGCAUGAGGUUCACAAAGAGAUCAAUGCACUGUACAGUGUGUACUCCCAGUGUCCAGUCUUUGGGGUGGAGUUUGUUCUGCAGGAUAAGCCAUCUACAGAUGAGGAGCAUCUAGAUUUACCAAGUGAGGACGAAGCUGAGAUUGACGAAAGUGUGAGCGACACAGCUGACGUUCUGGCAGCAUAUCUUGCAGAUGGUCAUCACCAGGACAGAGAACCAGUAUAUUCAAGUGAAUUAGGAUUGGCCAUUGAAAAGCUGAAGGAUGGGUAUACCUUACAAACUUUGUGGGAAGUUAUACCAAGCUAGAUUAUUUCCUUAUUCAUAAUUGUUACUUUAAACUUUCAUGAAGUUAGAAAUCAUCAGCACUAAGUAAAAAGAAAGGGAUAUAGUUUAGGAAUAUUCCCUUGAAUAUCUUUAGGGUGCUAAAGAUAUUCAAAAUAUCUUCUUAUUUUUUAUUUUGGAUGGUGUAAUCACCACAUAAUAAAUAAUUCACAACAGCACACCAUCCCUGCAGACACACACCGUAACUGUCCCAAUUUUUGGCUUGUUACAACUUGUAACAAAGUUGUUACAUCGUGUUAUAACGUUUUUAUGACGUAUUAGAACAUUGUUACAACUUGCUAUAUUAGUUGUUACAACUUGUUAGGUGUUAAAACUUGUUCGAACGUUGUAAUAACGUCGCAGUUUUGUCGUGUGUCUGGCGGGACUACCAUGAAAGAUUAGUUGCACAGUGCUUCUUGUAUUUACUAUAAUACAAUACACAUGGAAUACCUCCAUCACAAUAUACUGCCACUUAACCUUGUUCUAUAUCACAUUCUGUGUGCUAUGCACUUUUCAAGUCCCACUUUCUCACACAUUCAUUCAGCACGUCUGCCCUAUACCAGCCUUUCUUUUCUAUACUGGUAGUGGAUAUUAGAGAUAUUAAAUGAGUAAGGGUAGACAAGUAGAACAUUGCAAUAACCAUUUUAAUAAUUACAAUGUUCACAUUUCAAUAUUGCAUAAAACUAAUCAUAAUAGUGAUAAUAGUAAUUGUUAAUUGUAAAGAGGCUUAUAUUAAUAAUUUAAGAAUGAAAGUUAUUAUGUUUAUAGUCAUUUAUUCUAUCACCUUUUCUUUGGUUAAGUGCCAUUAAUUAGUUUUUUAUACUGGGUCAUUGAAGGUAAAAGUUUGAAGAAUAUUUAUAUAAAUAAUAAUAUAUUUUUAUUGUAUAGUAAAUAGAAGUCUUUAGGAAAAAUAAUAUUUGCAUCUAUGCAUGUUUUGUUGCAGAAAAAUAUACCUAUCAGAUAAUGAUCAGUUCAGUUCUAAGCCUUAGUGGGUUUUUUUUUUUUUCAAAAACAAAUUGAAAUUUAAGAACUUAAUAUGUGUUUGGUGUGUUAUUAUGUUUUUUCAUUAAUAAACUGUUUUUCUUAUUUAAUUAUACAGUGCUAAAAUAGCUUAGAUGUGCUGACAAUUAAAAUACCUAGUCGACAGAUGCACAUGAGAAAAGUACGUUAAUGUCACAAGUGAAUGAUAUUUUACAUAAGCUAUUUCCACCUCUCAGACUGUUUGUGAAUAUUUCUGAACUAUUCCUCUUGAAAUCUCUCAAAGACAAGAUCCAUCCUGGUCACUAAGUAGUAGUACAUGACAGUCAGGGAGGGUGAUGACCAAACCACACAUCAGAAGAUGGAGAAACGAUGUCAUUUUGCUCCGUCCUGAAUCAUUAUCAAGUUGUGUGUGAGGAAGAAAGGAAGGAACAGACCAAUAAAUAAGGAAAUAGAGUGAGGCAGGGAACAGGUAAGAGAAGAAGGUAAGAGUAAAGUAAAAGUAAGAAUAGGAUAAAAGGUACAAAUGGGAUGAAAGAAGAGUGGGAUGAGGUAAGAAUAAGAGGAAAGUAAGAAAAAGUAAAAUGGGUAGGCUUAAGUCAGGUCUUGUUUGUUAAAAAGGUUGGAGUAUUUAACGAAGUUCUGUGAAAGGGAAGAGUCAACAGCAACAAAGUCAGGACUAAGGUUCAUGUUGGGUAUGUUGUAUACCAGAGCUGAUUCAACAACAUAGCGUCUGUGAAAACUAGAAGCAGGAAAGAUUAUUUUAGAAGAUGGCCAAUCUUUACAAUUAUUAGAGUCCAUAACAUGACAUAAGAGAGCAUUGUUUAUGUCUGCAGACUUAACACCUCUUUUGUGUUCAAGUCUGUCAUUUAAUGUACAGACAGUUUCAGCAGAGUAUUGGAGAGGACAAGACAAACACGAAAUAGUGUAGUGUAAUAGGAAUGAGCUGGUAAGAAAUUAUGUUGCUGGUUGCUCUGUUGUGAGAAAGAUUUCAAUGCUGUAGUCAGUCUUAUAUUCUCAUCCACCUGACUGUUUGGAUCAACACUGCUUAUUGAGUGAUUGGUUAUAGGAAAGUACUGUACUUGAUUCUGAGAAAUGUGCUGACAUGUGUGGAAGUACUGUAGCUGUUACAGAAUUUCUGAUGUAGUUGCUACACUCUAAUAUACUAUGUGACAACAAAUGAAUAAAAUGUAAUCAAUAGAAAUUAACAUUCAAUUUAGUGUAUUAAUGUGGGAAUGCAUGCAGAUGUGGGUGUAACUGAUGUGUGUAGGCCUAUAUAUUCUUGUGUAUAUGUACAGUAUAUACUUUAAUAUAAUUACACAAACACCAGCA